UUCGGGAAGAAUUACGGGGGACAAAAGGGCAAGGGCGCCUAGCAGCGCGGUUCCGACGCAGAGCACGACUGGUCUGACCCUGGCGCCGCCGCCGCCAGGUCAGGCCCACCAAGGCUCGUGUGACCCUCCUCCCCUGAAGCGCUCGGAAUCACCUCUGCCCAAGUUGGUGACCUCGGCUCGGCCCGGCAGAAAUGGGAGGCCGGGACGGCGGCGACCUUGGGCGGCUGCCUCCGGGGCCCCGCGUGCGCCGCUGCCUCUCACCAGUGUUCGGCACCUCCCGAUACCAGGCGCGGUAGAGCUCGCGCACCCUCCGCUUGGCCUCGUUCAUGUCCCGACUGAAAAUGGGCUUCACCGAGGUGGUGGCCGCAGCAGCAGCCCGGCGCAGACCGCUCGCCGCCAUCUUGCGAAAGAAGCCACCUCCCAACUUCACCCCGUUUCAACCCGACUUUGCAUAGAGCUUGGCACAUUGCAGGUGCUCAAGCAGCAUUGAUGGCAUUGAAUGGAACAAAAGAGAUACCUACAAAGACUGAAAAUGGUGUUUGGUCUGUGCUGCCAGAGAGAGAGGCUAUACAAGUUCCUGUAUGUGGUACACAUCUUCAUUCUUGCAGGAGUGGUGUACUACUAUUUUCAGGGGUGUGUGGGGAAAACAGCCCCUGACCAUGAGAUUGCUGGGGAAUCAUCACAGCCCUUAGGGGAGACCUUAAGGCCAGUGUGGGGACUGAUGGAUAAAUGCUACCCUGUGACCACUCAGAGACACAGAGUCAAGAGUGGGGAGAAGCAAGACCCUGAGGCCAUGACCCCCAAGGCAACAGGAGGACCGAAUGAUGCUGCCCCCAAGGAGGAGACUGAUAGCUUAUCUUCGGAUGAGGGGGAGAUGAGGUCCCCAGGAGAGGAAGCAGGCAGCCCCAUUCCUUCCCCCAUUCCUGCUGGGAAGGAGGUAUCUGAGGAGGAGGAGGUGGCAGGGACCCCAGGCUGGGAGGAAAAUAAAAAGGUCCGAAAGGAGAUUGCUGCAUAUACUUCUGAGGCUUCUGAGGUGGACAUCAUGGAGGAAAGCCCUGGGGGCUGGGUCCCCCAGCUCCUGAGGAAGCUCUGGCUGGGCUGGUUCCCAGCCUCUGACAUCCCCAAGACUCAGAGCCACGAAUGACACAACAUCCAAUAAAUCCACAGUUGCUGCUUCUGCA